CUUUCCCUUCCUUCCUUCCAUAAGAAAACUGCCAGUUCCUCCCUCCCUCCCUCCCUCUCUCACUCGCACAGAAACCCUAAGCUGAACCACUCCGAGCCCUCUUCCACGUCCUCCGCACAUUGAUGUCGGAACCCUAAUUCCUUCCUGCCCGGCAAUGUCUUCCACCCCGUAAUCUCCUCUUCCCCGCGCCGUGUCUCCCCGCACCAGCCAUGUCCCUCCACGCCGGCGCCGGCGACCGCCCUGCAGCUGCGGGGGGCGGCAACGGCGUGGUCCCCGGAGGGGAGCCGAGCAAGCCGGCCGUGGGGCCUGUGGCGGCGGCGAUGCUGACGAGCCAGCAUCGGCUGAGGCUGAACCCUAACAAGGACCACAAGCCCGACAGCUACGAGGAUCUCCAACUGGACUUCACCCCCGCGAUCUUCAGCUCCCUGGAGCGGUACCUGCCCCCUGGCAUGCUCGGCGUUAACAGGGAUGAUAAGGUGAAGUUCAUGAGGGAGAUUCUGCUCAAGUACUUGCCCCACGGAGAGCGCAACCGGGCUCAGAGACAUAGAGACUAUAGGCAGAAGAUAAUAUCGAAUUAUCAGCCUUUACACCGCGAGAUCUACACGUUGCAUGCAGCGACUUUUUUUGUCCCAUCGUUUCUUAAAGCAUUCACUGAUAGUACCGAGGAGAGCUUCAGAAAUAUAAUGUCUGAACCCUCUCCUGGUAUCUUUACAUUUGAAAUGUUCCAGCCACGCUUCUGUGAUUUGGUACUAUCUGAGGUGGAAAAUUUUGAGAAGUGGGUGAAUGAAGCGAAAUUUAGGAUCAUGCGGCCAAAUACGAUGAAUAAAUAUGGUGCUGUUCUUGAUGAUUUUGGCUUUGAGACCAUGCUUGACAGGCUGCUGGAGGGGUUUGUACGUCCCAUGUCAAGAGUAUUCUUUCCUGAAGUCGGUGGAGCAACUCUAGAUUCGCAUCAUGGUUUUGUCGUCGAGUAUGGGAAAGAUAGGGAUGUCGACUUGGGUUUCCAUGUGGAUGACUCUGAAGUGACUUUGAACGUGUGCUUGGGUAAGCAAUUUUCUGGCGGAGAGCUGUUCUUUCGGGGCACUCGAUGUGAUAAACAUGUAAACACGGGAAGUCAAUCUGAGGAGAUAUUCGACUAUACCCAUGUUCCUGGUCGAGCUGUACUUCAUCGGGGUCGUCAUCGACACGGUGCUAGAGCCACGACUUCUGGUCAUAGGAUCAACUUACUGUUGUGGUGUAGGAGCUCAAUCUUUAGAGAGAUGAAGAAGUAUCAGAAGGAUUUCUCGACUUGGUGUGGUGAGUGCUUGCGCGAGAAGAAAGAGAGGCAACGCCAAACGAUAGCUGUUUCUAAAUCUGAAUUGCUCAGAAAUGAAGGCGAAUCACUGGGCUAAUGAUCUUUCCUGUCAAAAUCAAUGCUCCUUAAUACAUACAAGUAAUUAGUGGUAAAUUUCGUUCCGAAUAGGCGACCCGCAUCCGGGAUGUGCUGGAGUUCACUCGGGGCUUCACCUAGAUGACAAUUUGGUGUAUGUAGAAAAUUACAUCUAUAUAUAUAUAUUUAAUAAGUGGAGAAUUUUUGUGGCAAUCACAGCUUAGAAUUUUUAGGGACCAAUUUCCAUUUGGCAAAAAGACACGAUCCUCUUGACCAAAAAAACAAAAACAAAAACAAAAACAAAAAGAGACGAUCAAUUAGGUGAUUUUUCCUCUUCAGGAGGUGUUUAGUGUACUAACCAGACAUUUUCUCCUUGAAUUUUCCUCUUUUUUUUUGUUCCUUUUUUUUUUCCAAGUGAGACAUGCUCCUUGUUUAUGGAAUCUGUAAUAUAUGUAUUUGGAUUUUCAUUUAUUUU